GCUCACGUUGCCUGUGACGUCAGAGGCGCAGCUCCGAGGACAACUCACCUCCUCGGUUCCUCAGUGUGUUGAGACGGAGCGCAGCGUGGGCUGGACAAACUUUCCUCCGCUCCUCAUCGCCUUGAUUUUGUUUUUGUUUUUUUCUCGACCUCCAGCCGCGGAAUAUGCAGCUUUAACAGCAGGGACCCUCCCUCCGCCAAAGUCCAGCGUCUUCAUGUUUCCUGAGCGCAGUUUCCGGAUUGCAACUCACUCUUUUUUGGAAGGAUUUGCUCUGCAUGUUGUUCUGAGAUUUUUCCACCGCUCAUCUGCUGUAAAUUAAAGCCACAAUCCACCUGAACUUGUCAGAUCUUGGAGGAAUAUGGACUCAGUGAGACACCAAGGGUGAAGCUUUGCUGUUCAGAGAGAAGUUGAGCUUUGUGCUCGAGUUCAGCAGGCCCACUUCCUGAUGAUGACAGUAAACAUGGAUGACGGUCUCCAAAAUGGACCCGGACAGCACAGAAACACACAAGAUGACGAGGAAGCGCUGAACUCCAUCAUGAAGGACCUGGCCGCUCUGGGCCGCUGCUACAGUCAGCACAACAGCCACAAGCCCAAGAUCAGGAGUUUGCUCUACAAGCAGGAUUUAAGAGUCAAGCUGGAGCAUGAGAGAGAAAAACGAAUCAUCCCUUUUCAGAGGCCGUUGAAGAUCAAGGAGCUGCUGCAGAAAGUCACUGAGGCCUUUGGCCAGCAGAUGGACAUGUUUUUUUUGGAAAAAGAGUUGGUAUUACCUUUAAAGACGCAGGAGGACCUGGACCAGGCGGUUCUGGCGGGUAGCAGUUCUGUGACCAACGGGCUCCUCAGGAUACUGCUUAAAACCCCGCAAAACAAUCAUUAUCUACAGGUGAACAGCAGGGACAAACAGAGCGAGAUGAAGUCAUCGCGGUCAUUAGGAGAUUUGAAGGGCUCUUUGCUCAAGAGCUCGGAGAGGGUCCGCAAACACUCGACAGGUUCCAUGCACACCGGCCGCACGUCGCCUCCUCCGGGCAGCGUCCCUGAAGAGCAGCAGCAGAUCGCCCGGCAGGGCUCCUACACCAGCAUUCACAGCGAGGGGGAGUUCAUCCCAGAAAACCCGGACCAGAAUAUGCUGGAUCCAUUCGGGAGUGCUGGCAACUCGCUGUCGAGCAGCUGUCAAUCCAUAGAUCAGGCACUGGACAGCCCUCCUUUUUCACAGAACAACCGCGACAAUAAUUACCUGAAUCUCAACUAUGAAUACAAAGGUCGCCAUGGGAAAGGAGGGACUUUCCCACGCCAGUUCCAGUUGCCCAAUCGCAGCAAGGAUUAUGGAGACCGUCGUAGGACUCUUCCACGGAGCUUCAUGCCGCAGGAGAACCUUUUUCAGCUGGUUCCUUCCAGUCGCACUCGCAGUUAUAACGGCGAAAGCACGCUGCAGUUCACCGAGCUGCGCUCUCUGGGACGCUCUGCUGACAAAAGCUGCCAGCGAGGAACAGCCAAAUCACCGCGGGCGCCAGUCAACUGGCGACAGGGAAAGCUGCUGGGGCGAGGGGCGUUCGGGGAGGUCUACCUCUGCUAUGACGCAGACACAGGCCGCGAGCUGGCCGCCAAGCAGGUUCCCUUUGACCCCGACUGUCAAGAGACAAGCAAGGAAGUGAACGCCUUGGAGUGUGAGAUCCAGCUGCUGAAGAAUCUGCGACACGACAGGAUUGUUCAGUACUACGGGUGUCUUCGGGACCUGGAUCAGAGGAAACUCACCAUCUUUGUGGAGUUCAUGCCUGGGGGCUCAAUAAAGGACCAGUUGAAAGCUUAUGGCGCUCUGACAGAGAAGGUGACAAGAAGAUACACCAGGCAGAUCCUCCAGGGGGUCUCCUACCUGCACAGCAACAUGAUUGUACACAGGGACAUCAAAGGUGCUAACAUCCUGAGGGACUCCUCCGGGAACGUGAAGCUUGGAGACUUCGGAGCCAGCAAACGCAUCCAGACCAUCUGCAUGUCUGGUACAGGAAUCAAGUCUGUCACUGGCACCCCCUACUGGAUGAGUCCUGAGGUCAUCAAUGGGGAAGGAUAUGGCCGGAAAGCGGAUGUAUGGAGUGUGGCCUGCACCGUGGUCGAGAUGUUGACUCAGAAACCUCCCUGGGCGGAGUACGAGGCCAUGGCGGCCAUAUUUAAGAUUGCCACUCAGCCUACGAAGCCCACGCUCCCGGAGGGCGUGUCCGACGCGUCCAGGGACUUCCUUCGCCAAGUGUUUGUGGAGGAGAAAUGGAGGCCAACUGCAGACAUUUUGCUCAAUCAUCCAUUUGUCCAAGGCAGCUUCUGAGGUCCGUGGAGGUCCUGCCGCCUCGCUGCCUUCCUUCAAGGCAACCAAGGUCUCCGUGCCUCUGAAACUCACCAACCCAACUCGCUUGAGGGCCCCCUACUCUUGUUGCCUGGUUUCAGGAUCAAGCAGCACUCCAGCUCCCAGCCUGAUAACCAGUGUCUGCUUUGUUAGGAUCCCUGCCUCUCUCACCAGCUAUCUCCAGCCUUUCCUGGAGAGGCCAGGUUGAGCACACUUUGACUUCCAGAACCCUCAAAAUUUUGGGGGAGGACUGACGAGAAGGUGCUCAAGCUCCAGACUUCUGACCUCAAACGAGGAAAAGUGGCGGCUGAGCAGCAUCUAUGGAUGAAAAGGGCGCUGUGGCUGCGCAUCAUUAACAUCUGGCCGAGCCGUAUAUCAGACAGCCUAGAGCAGCUACGUGGAACUGAGAUUUAAAAAAAAAAAGUAUUUUUAUAGGACAGUCAUCCAAGCAGAUGAGAUUUCUAUGACACCUUUGAGCAAAUGCAACCUAUGCUCAUCAACGCCUUACAAUACGACUUUGUAAGUCAGAAUGUCUUUUUUUCUAAACAUUUUAGAGGGUUGCCCUGCUUCUACUGUCACUGUGUUCACCACCGUUUAAAGGAUUUUCCGUGUUGCACUUGUGAUAUCAUGCAUUUGAAGCAUUUUACACACGCAAACUAAAGCAGACCAGGAGAUAUUUUUUUAAUUGAUGCAUUUUUAUACAAAUAAUUGUUUUCCAGUGUAAAGAAACCAAACUUUUUUUUUGUUUUUUUGCAAAUGUGUGCAAUGUCUCUGAAGCAAUACAAAUACUGCUGUUUGAGCAUUCAUUAUGUCGACUCGUGAGGAGUCUCGUUCCAAUUUUUAGGUAGCCAAAGAAAACUGCCGACAGAAGACUCAGAAAAUGUGCAGUAUUAGUCAUUUUGUCACCUCAGAGCCUUGAAGAUUUCUGUGUUAUGGCAGCUUUGUACACUGUUUUCUGCACAAUUCAGAUGCACCAAAUUGAGGGAAGCAUCAUGUUUUGUUUUGUUUUUCUCCUAUCUUCAGUGUGAAUCAAAGAUGCCUUCGGUUUAGCACGCCACUCUCUUCCCACUCUCUGACUUGGCAGCACUUUUUUGCUCUGUGUUACGCCAACAGAGCCGAGGCUUCGCUUUCCAACUCCUCUGAAAUCAUCAGGACGGAACUAAAUGCUGUAAUCUUUGAUGUGGAGAUGAAAGGAACUUAUGGCGAUGUAUUGAUGUUGGCGGGGUGGUGGCUCGCUGUAACGCAGCAGCAUUUAAGGAACGAUCAAAUCUUUUUAGCCCUUGUCAGUGCCUUAUCUAAAUCUGCUUGUAAACAUAGACUGCCAAAGCGGAGAGCUUCCUGGUUUUGGCCAGCAGCUGUUCAGCACUGAGCACACGCAGGACUUGCUGAAGUUUUUAUAUGGAAAAAAGAUUUUGUAAAUACAUAAUGUUCUGCACUUUUGUAUGAGAUUCUUUUUACAUUAUAUACAAUUGAAAUAACUACAUUAUACAGUAGACAUUACUGUGAGAAGUCUGUAUAAUUGUCCCUUUGAGAGCUGGCAGAGGACUAAGAGGCUUUCGAUUGGGACAGAGCUUAUUUUGUCGUAAUGACAAAGCCUUGAAACAUGAAAUGUAUCAAGUUGUUGAUCUUUUGUACAUUUAACUUAAUAAAUCAACGGUCUAAGACUGU